GUCAGCGAUUUAUGUCAUGUUUUUUUGUCUUUUCAUCAAAAAAAUAAUUCUGUUCUAUAAAUUGAAAUAAUUAGAACAAAGAAAAAGUAAAUUUCAACUAGACACGAUUUACUUAGUCUCUUGCAGUAGAUUUAAUUGAUGUUUUAGUUAACAUUCAAUCAGGUACUCAAUUUCCCGCGCAGGAUCCGAUAGAUGAACAAGAACGGAAAAACAAAAAAAAUCUUAAUCUUUUAUUUUUAACCAAACGACCUACUGCUCGACCCAUUUAGAGUUUAAUUAUUUUCGUUAGGUUAGGUUAAUAAUGCACUAUUUAUAUAUCUCGUUACACAAUGUCCGGCGCUAAAAUAUCCACAUUGCUUCAGUAUCGCUUUGUUAAGCGAACAUCUGAUCAGAAUACAGAUCCACAGAUUGAAGAGGGGAAACGGGACGAGGGUGAAGAAAAACAUACCAAUGGUAACAGUUUAAUCAGUGAAAAUAAUACUAAUGGUAAUUCGUGUUACAAUGAACAAGUAAACAGUGAAAAUAGUACUACAGUCAUUCCAGAUACACCACAAUCAAACACAUCAUCUUUGCCUUUAUCUCCAGUUUUCAACUCAACAAAAGUUAGAAUUAUAAAAAGCAGUAACAGCAUAUCCAGUGAUUCACAGUCACAAGAUAGCAUGGCUGAUAGUCCAUCCUCACAAAAUUCUUGGCUUUCAAAGGAAAGGGGAAUUCAAAAUGGUCAUGUUAAGAGUAAAAAAACUAAACCCAAAAAACAAAGAAGAAUUAUUAGACCGCACUCUUCAUCAGAGAGUGAUAGUGAAGAUGAAAAACCAUCACCAGUAAAAUGUGAUGACUCCAGUUCAGCAACAGAUACUCAAGCAUCAAAUGUACAAUUUGAAGAGAGUUUAGCUAAUUUAAAACAAAUGUUUCCCACAAUGGCUGAAGACAGAUUAAUCACAGUGUUAAAGAAUCAUCCUGAUAAUUUUGAUAGUGCUGUUGAUGAACUGAUAUAUCCUCCUUUACCCGGUACUUACACAAAACGUAAAGGUUCUGAUAUAGAAAAUCAAGAACCUUCAAAGAAACGAAUACGGCAAGACAGUCCUACCUCAACUGACAACAAUGGUACGACAAUUAGUACAAAAGAAAAAAAUUUACAGUUUUUAUAUGAAGCAUUCCCAAAUCAUACAGAAGAGAUGAUCAAAGCUACCUUUCAAGAAAAUAAAUAUGCUGUAGAUGCAACAAUGGCAACUUUAGAAAAAAGAGUCUCCUUAAAAACAAAUUCAGCCAAAAUGAAGAAAACAGUAAAGAAAGUCAAAAUGAAAGAUGUUGAUUUAUCAGAUGAAGAUGCAGAUUAUAGUGGUGCUGAUUAUGAUAGUGAUGAUAGUUACGAUUCUGAUAAUGCUGCUGUUCAUGCUGAUAAAAUUCUCAAGUUUUUCCAAGAAUCAAAACUUGAAGAGUUGACAUCAAUACAAGGUUGUUCUAGAAAGAAAGCUGAAAGUAUAGUAGAGCUACGUCCAUUUACAUCAUUUGAUGAGUUGGUUGAAAAGGUUACCGCAGCCAAGUCUUUAUCUUAUGCAUUGAUACCAGGAUGUUUAGAAGUUAUACAUCUACAAAGUAUUGUUACUAACUUGAUGCAGAAAUGUGAACGUAUUGGUCAAGAAAUGGAGAAUGUGGUAUCUAUGUUAACUAACAGUGAAACAAUUGAAGACAGUCAAGAUAAUAUCACUAAUCAACCUAAAUUAUUAGUUGAUACUAAACAAUUAAAAGCAUAUCAAAUGAUUGGAUUAAACUGGUUAAGAGUCAUGCAUGCUCAGCAGUUAAAUGGUAUUUUAGCUGAUGAAAUGGGUUUAGGUAAAACUAUACAAACUAUAGCUUUCCUUGCACAUCUAAUAGAAGUUGGUGAAACUGGUCCACAUGUUAUUAUAGUACCAUCAUCUACUAUAGAAAAUUGGUUGCGGGAAAUGCAGGAUUGGUGUCCUAGUCUAAAUAUAGUUAUAUAUUAUGGAUCUCAGGAAGAGAGACGUGUUGUAAGACAACAAGUUUUAUAUGGUAACAAUGUAGAAUAUAAUGUUGUUCUAACAACGUAUAAUAUGGCUACUGGUAGUGUUGAAGAUAGAUCAUUAUUCAAAAAAUUAGAAUUUCAAUAUGCCGUUUUUGAUGAGGGUCACAUGUUGAAAAACAUGUCAUCUCUUCGAUUCCAGAAUCUAAUGAAAAUCAGGGCUGAUAGAAGAUUACUACUUACUGGUACACCAUUACAGAAUAACCUAGUCGAACUCAUGUCAUUAUUAUGUUUUGUCAUGCCAGAUAUAUUUAGUGGUAAAACAGAACCAUUAAAGAAAAUGUUUACUAUGAUGACUAAAUCUAAUGAAGAUAGUGGGAGGUUUGAGAAAGAGAAAAUAGCUCAAGCUAAGAGAAUAAUGAAACCCUUUCUUUUAAGAAGAUUGAAAAAGGAUGUAUUAAACCAGAUGCCUAAGAAAUAUGAAAGAACAGAGAACUGUGUUAUGAUACCAGAUCAACAGGAAUUGUAUGAUUCAUUAAUUCAAAGGUUUAAUCAAGAAAUAGAAAAUAGAACUGAUGCAGUGUUACAAAAUGGAGGUGCCUCUAUGUUCAUGCAGUUACGUAAAGCUGCCAAUCAUCCUCUGCUGAUCAGAAAACAUUAUGAUGAUGAAAAAUUAACAUGUAUAGCUAAAGAUCUAACUAAGGAACCAUCGCAUCAAGAGCGGGGUGCUCUACCAGAAUUAAUAAAAGAAGAUAUGUCUAUUAUGAACGAUUUUGAUAUCCAUAAUGUCUGUAAACAUUAUAAGAGCCAUAUAGGUAAAUAUAUGUUAGACCAAUCUACUAUAAAUGAAUCUGGUAAAUUUAGGGUAUUAGAGACAUUGUUACCAGAUAUGAAAGAAAGAGAGGAUCGUGUGUUGUUAUUUAGUCAGUUCACCAUGAUGUUAGAUAUAGUGGAAGUUUUUCUUAAAGAUAAAGGGUAUAAAUACUUCAGAUUAGAUGGCAGUACACCGGUACCUGAGAGACAAAAGUUAAUAGACGACUAUAACAAUGAUCAAAGUGUAUUUAUAUUUUUAUUAUCUACGAAGGCUGGUGGUUUAGGUAUUAAUUUAACAGCUGCUAAUACUGUUAUAUUACAUGAUAUAGACUUCAAUCCUUAUAAUGAUAAACAAGCUGAAGACAGAUGUCAUAGAAUGGGACAAAAACGAGAUGUAAAUAUAAUUAGGUUAAUAAGUAAAGGUACGGUAGAAGAUGGUAUGGUACGUGUUGCUAGAGAUAAACUCAAACUAGAAAAAGAUGUCACAACAUCAAGUAUAGAUGAAGAGGAUAGUAGUAAUGAUGUACUAAGUUUACUACGAGAAGCUUUACAACGUAAAUCAAAGACUAACAAAUCAAAUAAAUCUUGAUGAUAGAUCAGUUGUAGGCAUUGAUAUUUAAUCAUUGUACCAGUAACCUCAUCAUAUUUAUAAUAUUCUAUAUUUUAUCAUAGAAAUUACAAACAUUGUAUUACACUGUGGACCAAGUAUGAUGUGAUCAAAAAGGAGUUGCCUUUAUUUAAUGGGUGCAAUUUUUAAUAGGAAUAGUUUUUGCCAGAAAUUAUGGUAGAACAUAAAAGAGGAUUUUAGUGCUUUUUGAAAAGAUAUGAAAUGCAUAUAAAUAGAGAUUAGAGUAUAUUAUGCUCUGUUAGAGUUUGUAAAUAUUUUGUUGCCAGCCAUUUGAUGUAAGCUUAUUCAGUAACAUAUAUUUUUUGUGCUAUUUACAACACUAUCAAAAUAUGGAAAAUAUAAAAUAAUUUUUUAUGUUUUCUUCCUGGUGUGUGUAUGUUUGUAUAUAUAUAUAUAUGAAUGCCAAUCACUGAAAUGUGACCAUGAAAAAUAUAUUUUGAUGUUAUUCCCCCUUUGAAUCACUCUCCAUAUAGUUUAAUGUCUAUCUUUAUUGAAUGGAGGAAUAAAAUUUGUACAUAACAAUAA